AUGCCAUGCAGUGUGUGUGUACUGUAGCUGGAGUGGGCCCCAGACCAAAGAAAAGCAGAAAAGAAUCUACCUCAUUGGGAAUGUCAUCAUUACCAACUUCAGAUGGACUUACCCACUCAGCCCAUUCUUCAGGACCAGGUCCUGAGGUGGGCGAUCCUCCAAGUCUUGCUUGCUCUGCCUCUGCCUCAGUCUGCCCUUUCAAGCCCAGUGACCCAGACAGCACUUAACCAGAAGCUGUGGAAGCUUUGAAGGUUUCAUCUGAAUUACAGAUGAACUGAAUUCUACAGGAACUUUCUGAUCAUGUUUUCUCAGCAGACCAGCAGUCAGUGAUGCCUUUGCAUAAUUUAUCUGAAGAAGCAGUCAUUAGAGAUAAUCUGGAAAAAUGUACUGAGAGAAGUACCCAGGGCCUCAAACUUUAUCUCCAUGUAAGACAGGAAACUUGUUUAUCUGUCAGAACCACUAGCAGGCAUAUGCCACUGAUGUUUAUGGACAAACAGGGUUGGCACUCAGAAAAUCAGAACCUGCAUCAACUCAGUGGCCUUCAGCAGCACCCAGAACCAGGGAAUAAACAGCAGGAGGUCCAGCAGGAUGGCGCACAUGACCACGAGCAUCUUUGUGACCUGGGGGACCUUCCAUUUCCUAAAGAAGAGCAACAGGAUCAACAAAAAGGCUUUGAUUUGGAAACUCUGGUCAGAGGAGAUGGGCUCCAGCAGAACACGGAUCUCCCAAACACAGAGAAAAGCUUUUUACCUUCAGGAUGCUUUGGUUGCUUGAGUUCAGAAAUGCUCAUGAAUAGAUUUGGGUAACAGACCCUAGCCACCAUGGUUAAUCCAGCAGGCAGGCAGAAUGCCAAUGUCAAGAACACUGGUGUAUCCAGUCUCCCUUCAGAUAAUCUCUUAAUGGAAGUAGAAACAUCAAAAUGUAAUCCUUCACCUCAAAGUGUGAAUAAUUCUACUUCCCCUCAGGCUUUACAACCCCCAGAAAGUAAUAUUGAAAUGUCUGGAACAAGUAAUGAAUGUGCCAGAAACCUACCCUCUCUAAAUCUCUGCGGCAAUUGUCAGCCCUCUGUGGAUUCAACCAAAGAAUCUCGUUUGUCUGUAGCAGCAGCUUUGAAAGGACUUCAUCAACUUUUGAUCAGUAGUAGGAAGUCUCCUUCAACAAAUACAUGUGAAGUUAUCUGUCAGUCAGAAACAAUAGCUGAGGGCCAAAUGGGUGUUCAAGGCCUUUCAGAACAGUGGACUCAAAAUGAUUAUUUGCCUCACAGAGAUCCAUGUCCACAAGUCUCCUGCCAUCAGGCCAGAUGUGUAUCAGUGAAGACAGAAAACUUAAGCGCUGCAUCUGGCACUGGAACAGAAAAUAUGGAAAAUGCUAGCAUCCAAGUUCCAGGUGGUAGCCUGUCAGCUGACAAGUAAGGUGUCCCCAAAUCAGAGUCAGUAAGUGAGAGCAGUUCUGUCACUGUUACCUCAGCUAAGUCAUCAAAUCAUUUACACUGCACCUUGGGUGGAGAAAUUUUACCCAGUCUCCUAGCCAGUGAAGAGGAUGCUCUCAAUCAGAUUUCUGAGCACACUGAAUCUUUUCCAUCUAGUUUCAUACUGAUUAAAGACUUGAGUCGUGGUAUACAGAAUUCAUUAAUAGACAGGCCCAAAAUCAGAGAAAAUGCCUGUUCUGGCCCUGCAAGGCCAUUUCUUGAGCUGGAACUGCUGAGCAGCCAUCCACCAUCAAGCCCUUCCCUCCUGCCACCCUUAGUGUUUUGUACCACAGAUAUUGACCAGAUUCUUUGGGCUAGCUUUACUUUGCAGGAAGCUCUUGAGGCUUCGAAUCGAGUUGGUGCCAAUCUUACUUUUGGCUCAUUCGAUCCUAUGUUUAAUGAAAAUGGCUAUUUCGCUACUGUCUACCAGACGGCUCUGAAAGACACAUCACUGGCCACUGGGAUGGCUUCUUUGAUACUUCAUUUCAGCUGGACCUGGGUUGGAUUGGUCAUCGAAGAUGGUAAGAAAGGUUUUCAGUUUCUCUCAGAUGUGAGAGAUGAGAUGGAUAGAAAUGGAGUCUGUGUAGCAUUUGUUAAAAUUAUAACAAGUCUUCUUGUGUCCUAUCUCUCAACCACACAACACCAUGACUUUGUCACCAGGGAAUCUUCUCCAGUACAUGUAGUUAUCCUUUACUAUGACACUGAGAGUCUAAAUAAUAUAAACCAUCAUAUAGGACUGCAUUUAGUAACAUGGAGAGUUUGGAUCACAAAUUCACAAUGGCAUGCUGACCUAGCUGGGAGACACUUCAUGUUGGAGACUUUCCAUGGAACCUUCACUUUUUCACAACAACAUGAAGAGAUUUCUGAUUUUGAAACGUUUGUCCAGAGAGUGAAUCCUUCCAAAUACCCAGAAGACACUUUCCUCACUUGGUAUUGGUACCAGAAUUUCCACUGCUCAUUAUCAGAUUCUGACUGUAUGGUGAAGGACUGUCCACCUAAUGCCUCUCUGGAUUGGCUACCUCAUUUUGACACAGCCAUGAGCGAUGGGAGUUAUAACACAUACAACGCUGUGUAUGCUGUGGCCCAUGCCCUUCAUGAGAUGUUCCUUCAACAAGGUGAAAUGGAACCAGCAAGAAAUGGGAACACAAUGCUAUUUUACCCUUGGCAGAUGCACUCCUUUCUGAAGAAUUUGCAGUUUAAAAAUCCCGGAGGAGACCAAAUAAAUUUAGAUAAGAAAAAUAAAGGGGAUGCACAGUAUGACAUUCUCAAUUUUUGGAAUUUCCCAGAAGGCUUUAGACUUAGGGUGAAAGUCGGAGAGUUUUCCCAGCAUGUUCCACUUGAGCAACAAUUAUCCUUAUCAGAGGAUAUGAUAGAAUGGGCCACUGAAAUUAUAGAGUGUGUGAGGUGUCCAGAUCAUAUGUAUGCAAACAUUCAGAGAAAUCAUUUCCUGCAAAAAUUUGCAACAUUUCUGGCUUAUGAAGAUCCUCUGGGGAAGAUGCUGGCUGCUACAGCCUUGAUUGUUGCUAUUCUCACAACUGUUGUUUUUGGGCCUUUUGUGAAGCAUCGAGACAGCCCCAUAGUCAAGGCCAAUAAUCAAAGGCACAGUUAUUUCCUGCUCAUCUCCCUCCUCUUCUGUUUUCUCUGUCCUUUGCUCUUCAUUGGCCACCCCACCAUAGCCACCUGCAUCCUUCAACAGACCACAUUUACAGUGGUGUUCACUGUGGCUAUUUCCACUGUCUUGGCCAAACUAUGA